AUGGGCCGUCUGGUGGUGGGGGCGCGAGGCAGCGCCAAAGGCGGCGCCAUGUCUGCAGACCUGGAGGACGUGCGGCACCUGCUGUGGGGGCGUUCCGGAGGCAAGGAUCCCGUCUUCCGCUCCUGGUCACAGGGCUUCUCGUUCAGCCCGCACGAGCCGACGGCGCUGGUGCAGCUGGAGGGCGGGCCGUGCGCCGUGCUGGCCGCGGUGCAAGCGUUCAUCCUCCGCUCCAUCCUCUGCCAGCGAGACUCACUCGACUGGCGGCGCGUCGACCCUGACAGGGUGGACCAGCUGCUCAUCGACGCCGUUACGCACAUCGUCUGCCAGGCGGUGGACGACCUGUCGGAUCGCGCGUACGUCCUGGUGGAGCUGCCGACGCAAGGGGAGGGGAUAGAGGCGUACGUGGGCCCCGACUUCUUCCACGAGGAGCUGCGGGUGCUGCCCCUGGAGACGCGCGCAGAGGUGCGUCACUUCUUCGCGACGCACGUGUCGGCUCUGCGCGGCACUUAUGGCGUGCUGUUGCUGCUCUACUCGCUGCUCGCCUCCCGGGGGCCCGCCAACCUCCUGCUCGAGAUGUCUCCACAACGGAGCAAAGCCAGCAUUAUUGGUUUAAAUGAUGCAUGUAGGGAAGAGUUGUCCUUAUACCCUAUUUGA